GAGGACAUCCCCCGCUUAGCUGAGAGAGAGAGGGGAGGAUAGAGAGACGCCAUCAGGCGCGUCGUGCAGAUACAUCAGUUGCCCUCCCGGCGGGAUUGUGUACUCACACACUCACCAAGCCUGAGCCAGCGCAGGAGAGCGACAAGCCGGCAGAGACAAGUGCCUUCCGACUCAUCUGCCUGCGGUUCUGCGCUCAACCUGCUGGGUUUUCUGUCAGAGUCUCAAGUGCGGACUUCCCAGGCCAAGGACGCCGUUCACUGCUCCGCUACCUCCGUCCUCCGUAUCUAGUGGUUCUUUCCAUGCGGGAGUCCUCGCCUCCGCACAUUAAGCCUGAUGUUAAGGACUAACAGAUCCAAUCAUCUGUGAGUGGGAAAGACGUCGCCGCCUACUUUCCCAACCCGUCAUGGGCCAACGCAAUCAAUAAUGUUUUACAACAGUUGAGCCGAGGCGGGUUCUGAGAGAUUAAAACGUGCAGAAGGAUGAGCUACAGGUGGUGAACCCCCAAAGAGGCCUCCGAGGCUAUAAUCCCGCCGUCCUGACAGAGACGUUCAAAGCCCACCUUUUCCCAUGUCAUUGACUUGCUCAUCCUCAUCCGCAACACCCGGGCGAGCUCAUAACCGCACUUGCUGGAUAUACGUCACUCUUGGCCUGCUCCCUGCUGCAAAAUGGCAGUGAACGUGACCCCCAUCCGGGACACAAAGUGGCUGACUUUGGAGGUUUGUCGGGAAUUCCAAAGAGGGACGUGUUCGCGGCCGGACAACGAGUGCAAGUUUGCCCACCCCGCCAAGAGCUGUCAAGUGGAGAACGGCAGAGUCAUCGCCUGCUUUGACUCCCUCAAGGGUCGGUGUUCUCGGGAUAACUGCAAGUAUCUGCACCCCCCUCCACACCUGAAGACCCAGCUGGAGAUCAACGGAAGGAACAACCUCAUCCAGCAGAAGAACAUGGCCAUGCUGGCCCAACAGAUGCAGAUCGCAAACGCCAUGAUGCCUGGCACCCAGCUGCAGCCAGUGCCCAUGUUUUCAGUCACGCCAAGCCUUGCAACCAAUGCCAACGGUGGUGCCGCUGCAGCAUUUAACCCAUACCUUGGCCCAGUGUCGCCCGGUUUGAUGCCUGCUGAGAUCCUGCCCAGUGCCCCAGUACUGUUCACCAGCAACGCCAGCGUCCCAGUCCCGCUCGGCACUGCUGCACAGAAACUGAUGAGAACGGACAGACUGGAGGUAUGUCGGGAAUACCAGAGGGGCAACUGCACUCGCGGCGAAAAUGACUGCCGUUUCGCCCACCCGGCAGACAGCACCAUGAUCGACACCAAUGACAACACGGUCACGGUGUGCAUGGACUACAUUAAAGGUCGCUGCUCUCGAGAGAAGUGCAAGUACUUUCACCCUCCAGCUCACCUGCAGGCCAAAAUAAAAGCAGCCCAACAUCAAGUCAACCAGGCUGCGGCUGCUGCAGCCAUGGGGCUCCCGCCUGUCCUGCCCCCUUUACCAAAGAGACCUGCACUUGAAAAAGCCAACAGUGCCACCGCCAUGUUCAACACUGGUGUAUUCCAGUACCAACAGGCUCUGGCCAACAUGCAGUUCCAGCAACAGGCUGCCUUCAUCCCAUCAGGCUCGAUAUUGUGCAUGACGCCUGCAACAAGUGUUGGUCGGCAUGCAAAUGAGGCUGUGGUUCUUUCCCUCCAAAGUACCCAUGAUGCACGGUGCUACUCCGGCCACUGUGUCUGCCGCCACCACAUCUGCCACAAGUGUUCCCUUUGCAAGCGCCUCGUCCAAUCAGAUUCCCAUCAUUUCUGCAGACCAUCUGACUAGUCACAAAUAUGUCACCCAGAUGUAGGAGCCUCAAUAAGAACAGUGGAACUGGAGAGCAAGACUAGUGAUUCAACAAAGCAAAAGAAUGCAAUGGUGAAACUACACCUGGACAAAAAGAGGCGGGUCUGCUCCAAUUUCAUUCACGCUGCAUACAUUUAAAGGGGGCGGGGCUACACGUUAAUUCACCGGGCGCACUUUGAAUGUCAACAUGGAGCGACUGAGACGAGCAGAGGGCGGCGAGCUCUACGUCACGGAGGAGAAACGAUGGCGUCUUUUGUAUGUUUUUGUUCAUGGGUUGUCGUCUCUCAUGUGUUUACACAAAGGUGCACCUUAUAUUGGAAUUGAAGAGGAGACGAAGAAUGGGACUGUGUCACUCAUGCAUGUGCGGCGACGGCGUGCGAGUACGUUGUUAAUUCAAGCGGGAGUCGAGUAAAAGGCCAUAUUUUGCCAACACGUCAAUAGAACUCUUAUCAGCGGCCAUGCAAAGCAAUGAGUUUCCCUUUAAGGCAUCAGUUUGUAUUUGUCAUCACGACCCAUCACUGCUGAUCCAAAAUCCUCCAAUCUUCCACCAAAUGUCGCUCUCCUGAAUUCCCAAGAAUCCCCUCAUGGCGGUGAUAAGUAACCAGUUGCCAAGACAACUGCUGUGUGGUUUGUUUUUACUUCUGACGGAUUCUGUGUUAUUAGGAAUUUGUGUUGACCAGACUUUAAGUUUUUGGCCAAAGUACUUUGUUGUGUUGACGUUUUGUGGGUCAACAAGUUUUUUGGGAGCGUCACCGAGGUUCAAAGAAGAUCUUUUUACUAAGUUGGGCGUAUUCGAUGGGCAGGGUGAGAAAUGUGAUGGUUGUGAUCCUCAUCGGAAGCCUUAGAGCAGGGGUGUCAAACUCAUUUUAGAUGGGGGGCCAAAUGGAGAAAAAUCUACUCCCAAGUGGGCCGGACUGGUAAAAUCCCGGCACGAUAACUUAAAAAUAAAGACAACUUCAGAAUGCUUUCUUUGUUUAAAAAUAGAACAAGCACAUUCUGAAAAUGUACAAAUCAUAAUGUUGUUGGGUUUUUUUACACUUACGUGUUGCGGUUGAUAAUAUUCUACGGAGCCCCUAGAGCAGUGUUUUUCAACCUUUUUUGAGCCAAGGCACAUGUUUUGCGUUAAAAAAAUGCGGAGGCACACCACCAGCAGAAAUCAUUAAAAAGCAAAACUCAGUUGACAGUAAAAAGUCGUUGUCGCAAUUGUUGGAUAUGAAUUUAAAGCAUAACCAAUCAUGCAUCAAUAUAGCUCUUGUCUCAAAGUAGGUGUACUGUCACAACCUGUCACAUUACGCCGUGACUUAUUUGGACUUUUUUGCUGUUUUCCUGUGUGUAGUGUUUUCGUUCUUGUCUUGCGCUCCUAUUUUGGUGGCUUUUUCUCUUUUUUUGGUAUUUUCCUGUAGCAGUUUCAUGUCUUCCUUUGAGCGAUAUUUCUCGCAUCUACUUUGUUUUAGCAAUCAAUAAUAUUUCAGUUGUUUUUAAUCCUUCUUUGUGGGGACAUUGUUUAUUGUCAUGUCAUGUUCGGAUGUGCAUUGUGGACGCUGUCUUUGCGCCACAGUAAGUCUUUGCUGUCGUCCAGCAUUCUGAUUUUGUUUACUUUGUAGCCAGUUCAGUUUUAGUUUUGUUCUGCAUAGCCUUCCCUAAGCUUCAAUGCCUUUUCUUAGGGGCACUCACUUUUUGUUUAUUUUUGGUUUGAGCAUUAGAUACCUUUUUACCUGCACACUGCCUCCCACUGUUUCUGACAUCUACAAAGCAAUUAGCUACCUGCUGCCGCCUACUGAUAUGGAAGAGUAUUACACGGUUACUCUGCCGAGCUCUAAACAGCACCGACACUCAACAACAACACAUCAUUUGCAGACUAUAAUUACUGGUUUGCAAAAAAUAUUUUUAACCCAAAUAGGUGAAAUUAGAAAAUCUCCCACGGCACACCAGACUGUAUCUCACGGCACACUAGUGUGCGCGGCACAGUGGUUGAAAAACACUGCCCUAGAGGGACAUUGAGGGAAAAAAAUGUUUUGCUCGAUCUCGCAAAAGUUUUUUGUUCUAUUAAACUUUUGCGAGAACUAGCAAAACAUUUUUUUUCCCCUAUGUCAGUGAAACGAAAGUAAAACAGACAAAGCAAUGGAGGAGCCUACCCAUCAUCCGUGGGAGAAGUUUAUUGAUUUCCAUUUUAGUAUUGGCCUAACAUAUAAAGACAUCAAAUCGUAUUAUGGUCCCACAACAAAGCACAAAUGAUGCUCCCGCUCCUCCAUUGCUGUGGCUGUUUUACUUCCGGUUCACUGACAUAGGAAAAAAACCUUUUGCGAGAUCUCGCAAAACAUCCAUGUCCCUUUAGUGGCUCAGUAGUAUUCUAUCUUUAUUUGUCGUUAUUUAUAUUUUCCGAAUAAAUUAUGUGAUAAUGUUCAUCGGUCAACUCGUUGGUGUUAAUUUUCAAUCCAUCCAGAUAAAUUACAGGAUGUUAUUUAUGUAGUUUGAUAAUUUUUCCUCGACUGAUGUACUAACAUCAUGUAGUUUACAUAUGUAGCAUCAUCUACAAAUAUACAAAUAACUGCGAUUGCGACAUCGAGUGGACACAUUUAGAACAGCUGUUUCUUUAAUUCAAAAAUUUCAGGUUCAUUUUUAUACUUGGCCGGAUAAAACCUGUUUGCAGGCCUGACUCGGCCCUCGGGCCGUACGUUUGACACCCCUGCCUUAGAAUGUACCGUGGGGUCAGUGGGAUGCAACACCGUAACUGACAAGUUGCCUGAUCCGCGCCAUCUUUAUGUUUAUUUGUAUAAUGUUCAGUCCUAUUUAUCUUCCUUCUAAACAAACUUUAGGUACUCUGUGUGAAGUUCUAUAUGUAUAUUUAGUUGGAGUACAAUGAUUGUAUUGUCAAUAUUUUUAUUAAUAUUAUUGUUAUUGGUCACUGACCGAGUCUCUCUGUGUUCUCGGAGCAAAGACGUUUUAUAUGAGUGACGACGUACUAAAACAGCGAGGCAGAGUUGUCGUCAUGGCAACCGUCGCCGGCAACGUUUAGUAUUUUAACUGAUUGUUGGGUUUGUAAGUAGUCAUAUAAUUUAACAAGAAAAAAAAGACUAUUAUGAGAAAAGGUAUUGUUCUUGCGUGUUUGGACUACAAAUGUUAUUUUCUACUGUAUCCAUUUCAAAUAAUUACUCUUUGGAUAUUUUUACUCCUUGGAAAUUGGGCCAUGUUGGAAAACAAGCUGCAUAUUUGAUCUCUCUUUUUUUUUUUUUUUUUGUUAUUCUUUUUGUGUGCCGUUGCCCUGGCCCCGUCAUGUGACAGGACGGGGCGGUUCGAGUUUGAUCUUUUGCACUUCUGUAUAUAGUCGGACAAAAAAAGAGAGUCGUGUAUAUUGAGAUCUUAUUUUGAAUAUAAAAAAAAAUGACGUCUGUAAUGACGACAGUUGUUUUGCUAGGAUAAUAACAAAAAAUAAUGGUAUGAAAGGCUGAAGAAACAAAAGAAAUUGCUUGCAUCAAAAAGGGCGCCGAAGAGUCGUCGUUCUCUAAACCCCGCCCCCUUUCAGGACAGGCCAACAGACCCUUUUUUACGGUGAUGUCACUUCCACUUCACGUAAACAAAUUCAUAGCCUAAGUUAAGUUAGGUAAAUCACGUUUUGUUAUUUACAAUCAUAGGAAUCUUAAUGGCAGAGGACGACGUUCAGGACAAUAACUCCAGGAAGAGAACGAGCUUAGAGGUCCCUUAUUACAGAAAACUCACUUUUUAAUAAUGGCAUAGUAACAGUAAUAUAUGUCGUUAAAGCCCUCAUGAUGUCCUUCGCUUUUAAAGUCCACAUUAUUAAGGAAAAGCAUUCUUCCUAUGGACAUGAAACCAUCUCUGACCCACCCACCUAGGCUUCACUACACAUACUAAAAUAAAGAUGGCAUGUCAUUCAGCUACAGAGCUGUAAAUUGGAAUUUUUUUUUUCCAGUGCAUAGGUUAAACCAGCGCUCCUCAACUAUUGCCCUCCCACCACUCUCCGGUGAGACUAUAAAUAGUAUAAUUUGUCUAUAAACUUGUUAUAUGUACACCUCCGCAUAACAUUGUAUCAUUAUUCGAAUUGAAGAAGAAAAUAAGAAAGCACAAAAUUUACAACAAAUAACUUUAGUACCAUUAUUUUUUUAAAUCUGUAACAGAAAAUAUUUAAAGUGCAACUAUUUACCUAAAAUUAAAAAAUAAAUAAUGACAUCCUUAUUUAAGCUAUGAACUUUUUUUGACCGACUUAAACCAUUUGAUAAUGAAAAAAAUAAAAAAUAAACUCAAUAAAUAACGAUACAUUCAAAAUUGAUCGGCAAAACUAACGAACCAAACUCAGGUGCAAAAUAUAUAAAACACCGACAAAACAACAUUGUAGCGUAAAUGGCUGUGCUAGUGUUGCUAACGUUUGUGUCAUUCUUUCUAGGGUUUCAACGAUUAAUCGAUUUCAUCGACUGUUUAGAAAAAAGCUCUGAUUUGUAGUGUGCUGCUUCCAAUAUGAGUUGAAUGAGUGUAACUAUUUAAAUUAAGAAGUUCGGACAUUUUUAAUUACGCAAAUAUAGUUUCCGCAAUAUUGCACUUUGUAUUUAUUUUUAUUUUUUCCCAUUUUUGCACAUAGAAUAUGUUAAAAUCGCAAUUUCACUGUUGAAGAUGUGCAUGUAUUACACAAAUAAUUAAACUUAUGGCAUGUAGAAAAUAUGUUGAUUAUGUCAACUAUUUUACUUAAAAUACCCAUCAGGGCUAUAAAGUACAAAAGCAGUGAAGUUGUCACGUUGUGUAAAUGGUAAAUAAAAAGAGAAUACAAUGAUUUGCAAAUCCUUUUCAACUUAUAUUAAAUUGAAUAGACUGCAAGGACAAGAUAUGUUUGAACCGAUAAACUUGUUUUUUUUUGCAAAUAAUCAUUGACUUAUAAUUUAAUGGCAGCAACACAUUGCAAAAAAUACAUUUUUACCACUGUGUUACAUGGCCUUUCCUUUUAACAACACUCAGUAAAGGUUUGGGAACUGAGGAGACACAUUUUUGAAGUAGAAUUCUUUCCCAUUCUUGCUUGAUGUACAGCUUAAGUUGUUCAACAGUCUCCUUUCUGAUAUUUUAGCCUUCAUAUUGCACCACACAUUUUCAAUGUCUGGACUACAGGCAGGCCAGUCUAGUACCCGCACUCUUACUAUGAAGCCACGCUGUUGUAACACGUGCAGAACGUGAAUUCCGGCCUUGCCGCUUACGUGCAGUGAUUUCUCCAGAUUCUCUGAACCUUUUGAUGAUAUUACGGAGCGUAGAUGGUGAAAUCCUUAAAUUCCUUGCAAUAGCUGGUUGAGAAAUGUUGUUCUUAAACAAUUUGCUCAGGCAUUUGUUGACAAAGUGGUGACUCUCGCCCCGUCCUUGUUUGUGAAUGACUGAGCAUUUCAUGGAAUCUGCUUUUAUACCCAAUCAUGGCACCCACCUGUUCCCAAUUAGCCUGUUCACCUGUGGAUGUUCCAAAUAAGUGUUUGAUGAGCAUUCCUCAACUUUCUCGGCCAUUUGUGCCAGCUUUUUUGAAACAUGUUGCAGGCAUCAAAUUCCAAACAAGCUAAUAUUUGCAAAAAAUAACGUUUUCCAGCUCUAACGUUAAAUAUCUUGUCUUUGCAGUCUAUUCAUUUGAAUAUAAGUUGAAAAGGAUUUGCAAAUCAUUGUAUUCUCGUUUUAUUUACCAUUUACACAACGUGACAACUUCACUGCUUUCGAGGUUUGUAUAUUUUGACCCAUUACUCGAUUAAUCAAACAAAAUAAUCGGAAGAUUACUAAAUUCCUAAAUUAAUCAAUGGCUUUAUAACUUAAAUGUUACGGUCGUGUAUCUUAUAUAUGGCACCUAUUAAGUUGGACAUUUUCUGAAAUACAGUGUACAGGGUACAUGUAAAAAGUACAUAAAGUGAAAUAUAUUGCUUUUAGAGCCACACAUGCAGACCGACGGGUGUGGACAAACACAGCUUAUUAGCAUUAAAGUUACAAACCCACCAAAUGGUGUCAAGCUCAUUUUAGCUCGGGGGCCGCAGAAGGAAGAUCUAUUCCCACGUGGGUCAAAGGAUAAAAUAUCACAUCAUAACUUAAAAAUACAACUGCGACAACUUCAGAUUGUUUUCUUCGUUUUACUUUGGCUCAAAAUAGAACUAGCACAUUCUGAAAAUGUACACAUCACCAAUAAUCCUCUUGACAAAGAACAGUUCAAGUUACCGGUAGUUGAAGAUUCGGAGAGAAAAAAAUCUGUGCCGUUUCAAAAACACCAUGAAGAACACAAAUAACUUAGACUUCAUCUCAGUGUCUCUACACAGCAAUUCAAUUUGAAGUCACAGCCCAUCUAGGAUUGAACAACAAACUCUUCUAUCUCAUUUGUCAUUUCCACAUAUUUAUCUUGUGCUAGCUCUACAAACUGAAGUAGAAACAAUUCAAGAGGGUUGAGUAACUCAGUGGCCUUGUGGUUAGAGUGCCCGCCCUGAGACUUGGAGGUCGUGAGUUCAAACCCUGGCCGAGUCAUACCAAAGACUAUAAAAAAUGUGACCCAUUGCCUCCCUGCUUGGCACUCAGCAUCAGGGGUUGAAAUUAGGGGUUAAAUCACCAAAAAUGAUUCUUGAGCGUAGCGCACACUGCUGCUCACUGCUCCCCUCACCUCACAGGGGGUGAUGAAGGGGAUGGGUCAAAUGCAGAGGACACAUUUUCACCACACCUAGUGUGUGUGUGUGUGUGUGACAAUCAUUGGUAGUUUAACUUCCUGCCUCAUAGAAAUAGAUAGUCAAAUAAAAGCUGUGCAACGUUUGAACAAUUUCAACAAACCAAAACUUAAAAAUUAAAAGACAGAGUAUUGCAGUAAAUCACACUGUUCACUUUCUUUACAUCUGUACAGAAAACAAUCAUUUUUACAGAACUAUAUCAAUGUGCGGUGUGUCAUGCAGCAUUUUAAGUGAGGUUACCAAUUGUUUAUUUUACAUUACUUGAUAUACUUGCAUCUUUGCUUGCCUAACAUCAUUACUAUUGCGACAUCUAGUGGACACAUUAAGAACAGCAGUUUCUUUCAUUUAAAAAUGCAUCUUAAUUUUACACUUAGCAAAACUGUUUGACAUCCCUGGUGUAGUUUUCAAUCACAUCAAGUCUAGAUUUUGGCCAGCACACUUCCAAGUCUUAUUUGAAAUUGCUGAAAAUUGCAAACUUUUGUAAUAAGCGGUCUGACGUCGCCGCAGAAAAGGGUCUACUGUUGCUCUUCUCCCUUGUUUUUUUAAAUUUGUCAGCAGCUUGUAGUUUGCCAGAAGAGGGGGUCUACCCACCCCCACCCCGUUACGGUCAGGCCGAGACAACACAACACACACUGUCUCUUUAAAUGCAUGUGAAAGGAAAACACAUAUAAGCAAAAACACUCCAUACUGAGACUAAGAAGACAUGUUAUGAAGAAAGAUGUAUUUAAAAUAUUCAUACAAUAUCAACAUGUAAUGGAAUAAGAUAUUUAUACGAAGAAAAAAAAAUAGAAUAGUGGUUUAUUUAAAAAAUUAUAAAAUCCUGAGACACAGGCCAUAGUAUGUUCUUCAUGGUCAUGUAAGCUCUGCUUAUAAAAGAUGAAAAUGGUUCCAGUCAACCAAGCACAUCACCAUGGUCAUCUCUCACCUGCUGCAAGCCCGCAUGCUUACAUACAAUACUUUUUCUUUUCUCUGCUAGUAGUGCUAAUACAAUGUAUUCUGUCUCUUUGUUUCUGCCGUUUUAAUGGCGGGCCCCCCUUCUCUCUCCGCCUCCCUCACUGUUAGUCAACAGACUAAACUUCCAGCUCGUCUAAAGCCAUAAAAUGUCCAACAAGACGGGGGAGGUGGGAUUUAACACUUUUGUUGGCCUCCUCCCCACCCCCCCAAGGGGCCUGCAUUGCUAAAUUUGAUUCUUGCUGUUAUGGAUUUAAAAAAAAUAAAUAAAGAAAAAUUACAAAAAACAA